GGAAUUUGGCGGAACAUAUUAACACAGCAGAGCGAGGCUGUAGCUGCUGCACGUCGUAACAUUUUACGGCAAGCCGUAUUCCAGUCCGUCCACUGAGCUUACACGUGAAUGCAGGACAGUAGUAAAUUAAAGGGGAGAUUCAGGAAGCGGGAGUGAAGUUUAACCUUGUUUCAGCGCAACGGGGCUCCGAUCCGGCAGCAUGCUGUAUCUGAUCGGCCUGGGGUUGGGAGACGCCACGGACAUCACGGUCAAAGGUCUACAGGCGGUGAAGAGCUGCUCCAGAGUUUACCUGGAGGCUUACACCUCCAUCCUGACCGUGGGGAAGGAGGCUCUGGAGGAGUACUACGGGAAGCAGCUGAUCCUGGCAGACAGAGACCUGGUGGAACAGGGGGCGGACGAGAUCCUGAAGGAUGCAGAUAUGACAGAUGUGGCGUUCCUGGUGGUGGGCGACCCGUUCGGAGCCACCACCCACAGUGACCUGGUCCUGAGAGCAGUGAAUGCUGGGAUACCGUACAAGGUUAUCCAUAACGCCUCCAUCAUGAACGCUGUGGGCUGCUGUGGUCUGCAGCUGUAUAACUUUGGGGAGACAGUGUCGCUGGUGUUUUGGACGGAGACGUGGAGGCCGGAGAGUUUCUAUGACAAAAUCUGCAAAAACAGAGCGGCUGGACUGCACACGCUUUGUCUGCUGGACAUCAAAGUCAAAGAGCAGAGCAUCGAGAACAUGAUGAGAGGGAAGAAGAUCUACGAGCCUCCACGCUUCAUGACGGUCGCCCAGGCUGCAGAUCAGCUGAUCCAGAUCAUCCAGAGGCGGCGGGAGGAGGGGGAGGAGCUUGGUGAGUCACACCUGGUCACCUCUCGUCUGAUUGGCUCACAUGCUAAUGUGUUGGUUAAUGCUAAUGAAACUUUACGUCAGCUGCUGUCAUGUGACCUGUCUGCUCCGCUCCAUUCGCUGGUGGUCACCGGUCAACUUCACCCACUGGAGGUGGACAUGCUGCGACUGAAUGCAGAACCAAAUUCACUGCAACACCUCCACAUGAUCGACAGCUCCACGUACAUGUCCUAGGACCCUCAUUUACAUGUUGUAUUACCAGGCCCCCAACCCCCCCAGGCUGAACCUGAUCCUUACCUAAACCUUAAAGGAUGCAGCUGGUGAUUCUGUUUGUCAUUCGCCACCAACCCCAUCCAGAGACCAGCAGCACCAGUGAACAGGGUGUCCUCACCGUCAUGCGAGUCCAGACCCUGGUCCAGCUUGUCACUCUGUGCUGUAGACCUCCACUGUUGUCCACCAGCUAUUAAACGUCCCCCCAGUGAGCCACACUGCUGCACUGGGGGGCAGGUUUCCUCCUCAGGAAACACAGGAGUAGCACCUGUUUCCAACACGUUGUGCAGCGUGAGCAGAGACCAGUGACUCCUUCCCUUCAGACACUGUACAGGGCGAUGGCUGUUCUCAGCCUUUGGAGCAUUCACUGGUGCCGUUAGUCUCUGGAGGGGAUCUGUGAAUAAGCCCUUAGAAACCAAGUCUGACCCUUCAGAGAUUUGAAGUAUUGUGGGUCCUUACAAAGACAGUAAUCCUGGCACACAGCGAACAGGAUACAAGACACCGGCUUAUCAACAGAAUAUGAUAAAAACAUGAACCAGAUGUGAAAUGUGGUAAAAACUAGUUAGAUCCAGUUAAAAUGUACAGAUUUUAAUGUGGUUCCACAUGGUUGUAAUUUUAAAUUAAAAACAUUUUCUUUUAGAGCCAUGUGACAAGUUAAGGAUCAGUUCACGUAAAUUAAAGUAAAAUUUUAAAAAACAAAAUCAAGCAUUUGUUAGCAGCAAACAGUUCAACCGAAGGAUGACGGAAACUCAAACAGGACAUAUUGGAGCACACAUAUUUAGAGACUGUCCAUUUUCUUCAGCUUAUCUAAGGUCGGGUCACAGGCUCACUAAGGCAGUCCAGGUGUCCCUCUCCUCAGCAACAUGUUCUAGCUCCUCUGGCAGGAUUGUGAGGCAUUCCCAAGCCAGACAAGAUAUAUAAUCUCUCCAGCGUGUUCUAGGUCUGCCCUGGGGUCUCGUACCAGAUGGACAUGUCUGGAAGACCUCCAAAGGGAGGCGCCCUGAUAAGAUGCCCGAACCACCUGGCUCCUCUCAAUGUCAAGGAGCAGUAGUUCUACUCAGAGUCCCUUCCGGAUGUCCUAGCUCCAUCUCUAAGGGAAGGUCCGGCUACCCUAUGAAGGAAAUUCAUUUCGGCCACUUGUAUUUGCGAUCUUAUCCUUUUGGUCACUACCCACAGUUCGUGACCACAGGUGAGGGUUGGAGCGUAGACUGACUAGUAAAUUGAGAGCUUUGCAUUUUGGCUCAGCUCCUCCUC